AUGCGUUCCGAUGUCAGUAUCGCUGCACUGGCAGUAGCCACCACGGCCACCGCAACGGCUCUUCCACGCCUCGAGAAUGGCCUGGGUCGAACACCGGCUCUUGGAUGGAACAGCUGGAACCAAGGUGGUUGCAACGCUGCUACAGCCCAAGUCGUCCUCAACACAGCCAAUGCAUUUGUCAACCUGGGCCUGAGAGAUCUUGGCUACAAGUAUAUCAACAUUGACGACUGCUGGUCCACCAAGUCUCGCAACAGCACCGGCCACCUGGUUCCCGACCCGAACAAGUUUCCCCAGGGCAUGAAGGCCCUCGCCGACCAGAUCCACGGAAUGGGCCUCAAGUUGGGCCUCUACGGCGACGCAGGCACCAUGACGUGCGCUGGCUACCCGGGCAGCCAAGGCUCCGAGCAGAAGGACGCCCAGACGCUCGCUGCAUGGGGCAUCGACUACUGGAAGUACGACAACUGCUACACCCCGUGCAACGGGCCCAUCGUGCAGACCUGCGGCAACCCUGCGGGCAACUCGCAGACGUGGUACGUCAAGAUGCGCGACUACCUGCAGCAGACGAACAAACCCAUCUUCUACUCGCUCUGCAACUGGGGCCGCGACUCGGUCUGGACUUGGGGCGGGGCGACGGGCAACAGCUGGCGUAUGAGCGUCGACAACUGGGGCGGCUGGGCGGAUGUUGUGCGCAUUGGCAGCGCCGCCGGGCCGAUUGCCCAGUACUCGAAGCCUGGAGGCUUUAAUGACCUCGACAUGAUGAUCAUCGGCAACGGCAAGCUCACUGAUGCCGAGGAGCGCACGCACUUUGGCCUGUGGGCGAUUGCCAAGUCGCCCAUCAUCAUAGGCACUGAUAUGACCAAGCUCAGCACCACCAGGCUGAACCUGAUUAAGAACAAGGGACUGCUCGCCAUCAACCAGGACUCCCUCGGCAAAGCCGCCACCACCUUUGUCCCCUCUGGCAAGCCCGGCCCAGUGUCAGGUCAGCUGUACCGUUACUGGGCCGGCCAGCUCUCUGACGGCGUUGUCGUUGGUCUCAUCGCGCCCGAUGGGGCAGAGACGCUCUCUGUCAACUUUGCUCAGGUGCCCGGCUUGGGAUCCGGAAACUGGCGCUGGACCGAGCUUUUCAGGGGUACCUCUGGGACGGGCACGAGCGUGAGCAUCAGCCUGGGACAGCAUGACAUGGCUGUUUACAAGGUCACCAAGGCAUGA